UGAUAGCUAGCUCUCCUCAAUGGCUAGCAGCAACAGAGAUCAAGAGCAGCAUUACCAUGAGGUUUUCAUCACGAAGACGGUGACAGUCCAACCUCCUCCCCUAGUGGCCUCCCCUACCUUUCUCCCCCUCUCCAACCUCGACUCGCAGUGUCCAGCUCUCAUGUACUUGGUCUUCUUCUACAGGGAACCCGUUCCGGCUUCUUCUUCUUCUUCUUCUUCCUCCUCCCUUUUCUCUUCCUUAAAAAGGGGCCUCGAGGAAGCCUUGGCUUCCUGGUACCCUGCUGCCGGCCGGCUCCGGCUUUCCUCCCACUCGGGGAAGCUCACCCUGGCCUGCAGAAACGGCACUGGUGCACUCCUCCUCCAGGCUUCCACCACCGCAAGGAUUUCUGACCUGGGGGACCUCUCCCUGCCAAACAACUUCGUCGACCGUCUCGUCUUCAGGCCGCCCCUGAAUGCCUCCCUCGAAGACACACCUCUAGUUGUCGGUCAGGUGACAAAGUUUGGGUGCGGAGGGUACGCUAUCGGCGUGGGGACAAACCAUGCCUUGUUCGACGGGGUGGCGAACUAUAACUUCUUGAAUGCAUGGGCAGGCAGGGUGGCGGGGAGGAGGCUGCAGGCGAUGCCGCCGGGGCAGGCUGAGCCAGUGCAUGAUAGAGGGAGGCUCUUGGAAAUGCAUGGUCACCAGCAUGGCCAUGAUGAUCAUUUCCAUGAUCCAGCUGAGUUUAUGGCCAUUGAUCAUCUUCACCAGCUCAUCAAACAGAAACAGGAUCCAAUUAUAUUAAGAAAUGGUGAAGAGAAGCUUGUGCUGAGGACCUUCUCUGUGGAGUGUGCCAUGGUGAGCAGGCUCAAGAGCAAGGCCAUGAGUGGUGGCACUGCUGCUGCUUCUAAUUGCUCUUCAUUUGAGGUGGUGGCAGCUCACAUGUGGAAGGCACGGACCAAAGCCCUCAACAUCCCUAACCACAGGACAGUAUGCCUCCAGUUCACCGUCGACGCCCGCGGCCGCAUGCACCCGCCGCUGCCGCCCUCCUUCGCCGGCAACGCCUUCGUCCUCUCCUCCCUCCUCUGCACUGCGGCCGAACUCGACCGCCUCCCCCUCGCCGCUCUCGUCCUCCGCAUCCAGGCCGCCAAGCGCGCAGUCACCCACGCCUACGUCGCCCGCUACAUCGCUGCUCUUGGCGAGGCGCCACGGACGUCACUUCCGCCACUGCCGGAGCUGACCAUGGUCUCCGACUGGACCAAGACGCCGUACCACCGAGUUGACUUCGGCGCCGGCGAGGCGGCCUACGUGGCGCCGCUGGCCACGCCGAUGCCGCAGGCGGCGUACUUCAUGCAGAGCCCCGGCGAGGCUGGGAGUGUGGACGUCAGGAUUGGCCUGCCAGAGAAGACCCUGAGUGCCUUCGAGACCUAUUUCCUCCAUGGAUUCUGAUUCUCAGUCUAGCCAUCUUCAUCAA